GGGAUGAAGAAUCCACUGGUUCAUCGCAAUCGCGAUUCAAACUUAAGUGCAAUUCCUCCGAAACCCUCCGAAGCCGAGUUCUCAUCUGAGCUGGCGGAAGUAGCAAGCACCAUCUUAUACCGCUCUCCUAUUCCCUCCCAGACAGGGCUGCCCAUCUUCAUUCUCAAUUCCGCGGCAUUUCCCGAUUCUCACGAGGUCGACUACAAUGAUCUGCUUCCAUAUGUACUAGACCGACUCCCAGGGGAGGAUGAGUUGCUCCAGGGCUCGGGAUAUGAGGUCAUUUUCUUCGCUGGUGGAGGUGUUGAAACCAACACGUCUAUUCCAAAGCCACAUCGCCCGGGCUGGGGUUGGUUCAUUCAAGCAUAUUAUGUUCUUUCGCGCAUCAUGCGGAAACGGCUGCAGAGACUCUACAUCGUGCACGAACGUAGUUGGGUCCGGAUCCUGGUAGAGAUGUUCUCUACUAUCGUUAGUCCUAAAUUUCGACGGAAGAUAUAUCACGUGUCUUCUCUCACACAGCUUGCGCUGUCAAUCCCUAUCGAGAAUUUGUUGAUCCCGACAUCAGCCUAUCUACACGAUAGGAGACUGUCUCCUGACAUAUAUGCCCCAUAUAGUAGUGGGAAACGAGCAUUUGGCGCUAGGAAUCCUCUGCCGAAAUCACGAAAAGGCAACGCAAGAUUUCCAAGGGUGCUGCGUGAAACAACGUCUUUCAUUUUCAUGGGCGACAAUCCCAAGACUGAGGGCAUUUUCAGGGUCGCACCCUACUCCAAAGUCAAGGAGAUCAUCCGAGAAGCGUACGAUCGAGGCCAGAAAUUUAUCAUCUGGAGCGAGAAUGGGGUAACCUAUCCGGUACCGAAUUAUCCGAACGCUGUCGAUGCGGAGUCGGUCAUCUCAGAACUCCAUCCUUCCCAGUGCUACGGUGUCCAUUUAGCCGCGGGGCUGAUCAAGAAUUGGUAUUCGGAACUCCGCCAGCCAAUCGUUCCCCAUGGCUCCUACGGCGCCCUCCGACAGCGAUACAGCCAGAAGCCCGAUUUCUUGUUGGAGGAUAUGGAAGAGCUAAUAUCGCCAGCAUCUGAAUGGUCGCCUCUACCGGAUCUGUCACGACAGAUUUUGAUUCGACACCUGCUCCCGAUGUUGGCGGCCAUCACGGAAUACGAGCCGUCCAACAAAAUGAAUGCGGAGAAUCUGUCGGUGUGUUUUGCGCCCUCGAUGCUGUGCGGCCCAGACCAGAUUGAGGACGCCAAGAUCUCAUCCGUCAUUCGCCGGAUCCUAGCUUCCGCUAUUCAAUUCUGGUCUCAAGGCCUUAGAGAGGCGUGCGACAUCAGCUCCGGCCAAUUCGAAUCAGAUCUGGAAACUCCGCCGGAUGUUGACGACUACGAUGAUCCACUGGAAAGACCGCGAGCAGGGGAUGAGACACCACAAGACUAUGUAAAGCAAAUGACAGGCAUUGCCCUCCGAGAGAAUGAUGGUGCCGAAGAGCAAUUCGCUCCGCCACCUCCGCUGCCUCCUCGGCCGUCUCCACAGCUGGGCAGCAGAUCGACAUCUGCCAAUGUAUUGCAGCGCAAACCCACACCGAAUCUCGCAGCACCUCCAACAUACUCAACCAUAUUCCCUGUCGAUAACGAUAACGUUGCGGUGGCCCAGUCACCGACUUACACUGGGAGGGUGGCGGAUGGAUUUGGUCCGCCGCGACCAUCGGAUGUCGCGCAAUCGGACAGCAAAGAGCCGCAAUUCGGAGGUAAAGAAGUCUCCGUGCCCCUUCCUGUCAUAUCGCUUCCCAAGCGAAACGCCCUGACCGUUGAGCAGGUCCAGAACUUGGAAAGCGAUAAUCGCAAUCGCGAAUCGGGACCGAGUGCGUCUGAUGCGGCCCGUCUGGCUCGAGAGGUGAUCGCCACGGACAGUGCGCGACGACAAUCAGCGACGAGAGUUGGCGAUGAGUCCGCGUAUCCGUUCAGCAGUGAAUCCGGUGGAUCGGCCGUGGGUGCGGGCCAAUUCCAAACCUCUGCUCCCACUUUCGCAAAGCCUCUGUGGCCUGCGAGGGCCGGGAAACCACCGGGAAAACCACGGUCUCCAUCUAUCAAUUCGUUGGCUCGGCCAAUCAUCCCAGGACCCGUCCUCCAAGGCCUUAAAUACGGUCGGCCCUCUCUCCAACCCCCCCAGAACCCGGGUCCACCCGUCCAGGGAAUCCGACGAGUGAAGAGUCCCUCGGCGGGUCUCUUAAAACGCAUACAUUCCGCGCCUCAGGAACCAGACAGUUCAGCAAAGGAACAACGGCGACAGGCGGUCGGGAGAUUGGAUUUGCGGAAACAAUCUGUUGAUGACUUACGACGGCUUUAUGAGGAACGAGCGGCUACUGCACAGGCAUUGACGGACACGGUGCCGGCAAAGGAGAGGCUGCAAUGA